CGAACAUCCACUUCCUGUCGAACAUCCACUUCCUUAUUUGCACCGGGCAAAGAUGGCGGAAAGCAUACUUCGUGUUGGAAGGGGCACUUUGAAUAAGUCAGCCAAACUACGGGACUGUUCCCGGUUGAAACCUAUUGGAAAGGAAGGGAAGGGCACGGAACGUUCAUUUUCAUUAUCUAGCGUGGCUUUAUUCGUGGAUUAUAAACGUGUCAACACAUUUGAAGCCGGUGGCUCGACAGUUUCGCGAGACACUUUCACAACACCGGUUUGUGUUGGCCAUGACGUCAAUGGGCGUGACGUCAUUUAUAGCAACCGACAUGGUUCUCUCUGGCUUGGACGACGGGAGUAUCCUGUGUCUUUCCCCGCGCCAAGGACACGCCGGGGCUGCGUGACGCUCAUCAGGACUUACAGCGGUAAUGGCGGUCAAGGGGAGCCGCUUUAUAGAAGCAAAACAGGUUACUAUGACAUCCUGGAGGUAGCACCCGGCGCCACGCAUGCGCAGAUUAAAACCGCCUACUAUAAACAGUCCUUCGUCUAUCACCCGGACAGAAACGCCGGUUGCGACUCGGCCACUGUUCGAUUCUCGGAAAUCAGCGAGGCCUACACCGUGCUGGGAAACAAGGCCCUGCGGAAGAAGUACGACCGCGGCCUGCUGAGCCAGCUCGAUUUAACCGGCUCUUCCAGACCCUCUGCGAAGGACACGAGUGGGAGCUCGACCCCGGCGCAGGGCGACAGGCGGCGGUCAGUGGUGGCGCCCGGCGGCGGCGGCGGCGGCAUGUUCGACUUCGACAAAUUCCUCCGCAGUCACUACGGCGAGCAGCUGCAAAGAGAAAAAGACAACCGAAAGCGAGAAAAGGACAUUCUGAGGCAGAAACAGGAGUCGAUGACUGAAAGGAACAAGGAAGGCUUUAAUGAACUAGGCAUAGUCGUGAUGCUCGUGGUGGCGGUGUGUCUCGUUGUCACGUUAAAGUAACAUUUUGGACUACCUCUGGGUUGACGGAGGAUAAGGAUGUGAUGGUACCAUUAUGAUUCUAUGAUUCCGGCUUCGUGUUGGCCCUGCGAUGAGGUGGCGACUUGUCCAGGGUGUACCCCGCCUUCCGCCCGAUUGUGGCUGAGAUAGGCUCCAGCGUCCCCCGCGACCCCAAAAGGGAAUAAGCGGUAGAAAAUGGAUGGAUGGAUGGAUGGAUUCACUCAAUAGAUAUUCUAGUACAUACUGGAUGUAGUUCCUGACAAUUUAGCGUUGAUAGGCCAUGUUUGUUUUCUCCCGUCUCUCGCAGGGUGCAAGAGGUUUCACUCUGUGCACCCGAGCGUGUUUGUUCCACAGCAGAAUUAAAUGAACGGAGUGAACCCUCAUGCCAGUCAUCUACAAUCUUUGUCUCUGUCAGCGGCAGUGAGACUGUUACCUUAUGGUGCUUCUCGCCCAGCCAUUGGCUAACACAAUUUGGGGAGAAAAAUCGAUGAUUGCAUUGAGAAUAUUCUGGCUUCUAAAUGAAAGAGCAAGUUUAGCCCGUCAACACGGACAAACUAGCCAGUAUGCCGAAUUUGUCAGAAAGCGAUGCCAAAAAACAAAAACAAUGGCCCGUUUUUUUCCAAAUGUGGAACAUUUUAACUGCACUUCAAGAUGUUCAAUAUUUAUUUAAGUGAAGUUUUUUUCCAACAGAAAUUGAGUUUUAUUUUUAUUAUUUGUUUACUUGUUUAAUAGGGGUGUAACGAUUGAUCGGUUUAAAUUCCUCAAUUUCAAGUACGGUAUAUUGAUCUGUGCUUGGCAAGUUUGCCUUCCGGAAGAUCGGUAUUAAUCCAAAAUAAUUUUAAAAGGGAUUCGAUACCAGAAAAAGGAAAACACUGAAUUGAACAACUGCAGACUUUGUAUGAAGUUUAGCAUUUCUAUAAAUAGGGACGUUUAAUAUUUAAUCUAUUUCCCCGUCUGUGACGUCAUCAAAACAAAAAUAGUGGUCGAGAAAGGUCACAACAAAUGCAAAACCCACAACACAAUAUCAACUACGAAACACAAAAAACUCUCAGCUACAAAACGAUUGCAAAGGCCACAAAUCAAUAAAAUAACGUAAAGCCACAAGUUUACUUUAUAAGCCACAAAAGACGCGACAGACAAAACGGAAGUGACUGCGGACCAGCACCAACUUCUGGAACACAACAUGAAUUGACAACAACUAACAGCCAGGGGAAAGUUAUUUCAUCAGAAAGUUAUGAGUACAAGCCCUAUCAUCAAGGGAUGAUAGGGCAUAAAUGCUUUCGCACACCUGUGACGCUGUCCGUCCUCCACAACGCCAGGGCGGAGAACUUUAUUUGGCAGGUAGAUCUACUGUUAUAAUGCUGUUAACUGUACUUUUAUUGAAUUUUGCUUGACUAUUGAAAAUGAGAGCAGAAAAAGGUUCCUCUUAAUUCAACCUAAAGUGUUAGUUGCACUUUAUUUAAAUAAGAUGUCAAUACAUUGACCAUUAAUUGUUUACUUGCUUGUUUGUAUCUAUGACUCAUUUAUAUUGAAUUCCUUGACAAGAAAUAACAUUGAUAUAGGAAGAUUCACCUGCAGUGUCCAGUAUAUAUUUCACAGUCAAACUGUUUGAUUUUUUUUGUUGUUGCUAAAAAAUAACUGAAUCGAUUUCAACUCACUGAAUUGUUUCGGAUUCAAUCGUUCUAAAUAAAAAAAAAAGAAAAGAGAUUGUCCCUAAAUCGUAUCGGCAACCAAAGAUAUUGAAUUAAAUCGUUAAAACGAGUCUUUACACCCCUAUUAUUUAGGAUACUCAAAAGUUUUUGACCUUCCAAUACUACUGUAAAAUUGAAGUUUAUUGUGUUUGAAAGGGUUACUUGCAUCAUUAUUAAACAUUAUGAUUGCAUUGGUGCUUAAAUUGUCACCAAAACAUUGCUGACAAUAUGAUUUAGCAGCAAAAUGUGUUAUUGGCCCAGGCCUAAUAACGCAUUUCUGU